UGAUGUUCAAGGUUGAGGAAGGCUAUACUGCAUCUUUGUUCCUCAUUGAUAUUUACUUGUGUUAUUGAGAAGUAGCCGAUUUUGCCACUCGAGAUUCGUAGAUCACACAAUAAAGAUUCGUUCAUUUCAAGAAAAUUCAGGAUGUUCCCAAAGGUGAACAAGGAUCUCUUGCCAUUUAAGAUAGUAUAUUUCUUAAAAAGUGGAGGUGCAUCCUUUAUGGUCUUCAUACCACCCAUCGCCAGUCAGAGAGGGAUAUCUUCCGAAGGAAUUGGUAUUAUAUAUACGAUCAAUCCACUCGUCAGCGCCUCCUUCAAUGUUCUCGUGGGUUUCUUUUCUGAUAAACUGAAGAUCCAUCGACUUAUGCUCACUAUCACUAGUGUUAUGGUAGCAAUGUCCUACACAGCAUAUUUUUUUAUUCCUUCUGUAAACCUUCAUUCACCAGCAAAUAUUAGCAUACCAGCUCAGUCCCUCUGCGAAGGAAGUGUCCUGUCACUCGUUCUGUGUCCUAAUAUCACUUCCCAAGAUGUUCAUGCAAAUCACAGUAACACUCAUUGCGAUAUAACUCACGACUACGUAGAGACGGAAAUAUUUCGUGGGCAUUGUCACUUCGAAUGCAAGUCUUCUCUGGCAAUUGAAAGUAAUAUUAAAAAGAUAAUAAAUGUCACAAUUAAAGAAAAUAAAUUUGUGGAUAAACGGUAUAUAUGUCAAGAAGAGGAGUGUUUCGUCGCUCAUACUGUUAACCUUACUGAUUCCAUGUUCACCUAUGACCAACUAUCUUGUAAAGAAACAAAGUUUCUCCUUAAUUGCCAGGGUACAUGUGAAGACCAUGACAGUGAUCAAAAUAUUUUAUAUCUAUUGUCAACAAAAGAGUUUUGGCUUUCAGCCCUCUGUAUCAUUACUCUGUUCAUGACAUUUGAGAGUUCUAAUUCUCUGACUGACGCGAUGUGCUUCAUUGCUCUUGGAGAAAAGAGCCAUAAAUAUGGAAACACGAGAUUAUUCGGCACUUUGGCAUGGGGUCUGGUUGGUGGAGCAAUGGGUCUUCUGGUUAAUAUCGCCUCCAAAGGUCAACAGGAAAUGAACUACACUCCAGCGAUGAUCAUUUGUUCCUCUUUGCUGUUCUUCAACGUCAUCUUCACAAUGCGAAUAGACGUCAAAGUUCCCGGAAAGCAAAAAAGUAGCAGCAUCAGGAAAGUCCUUUUUUCGUUUCGCUGCAUCAGUUUUCUGGUCACCGUGUUUAUUAUGGGAAUCACUAUGGGAAUAAUCUGGACCUUUGAGUUUAUAUACAUAAAAGAUAUUGCCCUAGAAUGGGAUCCAAACUUUUCAAAUCUGAACUUGAUUUUGGAUUGAUAAUCAUAAUUGACUGCCUACUGGGAGAAACUCCUUCUCUCUUACUCUCAGGAUACAUCAUACAAAAACUCACCAAUGUGCACACCUUCUCACUAUCAAUGACUGUGGCGAGUGCCAAACUGCUGAUGUAUGGUGUCAUAUCAAACCCUUGGGUAUUUUUGCCCGUUCAUCUGACUCAUGGUGUCGCGGUAGGGGUUUUCUUCGCGAACAUGAUCACAUACAGCUACGUUCUUGCACCCGAAGGCGCGCAGGCGACCAUGCAGAGUGUUGCAUCUGGAUGCUUCACGUUAGGAAGAGCUAGCGGAGCAUUACUUGGAGGAAUUUUGAUUGAAAAAGUUGGUGGAUCGUUAACAUUUAUUAUCAUGGGCGGAGUUCUCUUCGUCUACACUGCUUUGUACAUCACCGUCAACUGCACAGUAUACAAAUGCAGAAAAAUGCCAAAUGAAGGAACCAAUCAUGAUCGUUUGCAAGAAUCCAAAUGACGCAGAGAAAAAUGAAGAGGCAAAAUUGACAAGUGACAACACACCCAGCCAUGACGUCGAUGCAACAGUUAGAGGAGAAGAAUGAAAAUCAUCAAAAGGAACAACAAUAUAAAUACUAUGAAAUCGCGCUGAAUACCUGUAAAUCAGACAAAAAUACUUCUUAGCAGCUCAUUCAAAACCUAAUAUGUUUAUCAUUCUUGAUGUGUUUAUCAUUUCGAGAUUUUCAUAUGACUUGUUUACCGUCUAUAACCAUUUAAGGAAGUAUUUUUCUUAUGCCAUUAAUAAAUAAUCUUUCUUAUAACCUUGGAAAAGCAUCUUUUUAAUUAGCAGAGCAAAUUUUAUAUAUAUACAAAAGAUUUCCGACGGCCGGAAGGACCUAU